AUGUCUGGCGACGAGGAGCGCGUUACCAUGCCUUUCAAGUUCGUUACAGGUAUGUUCUCCCUCGCGGCCGGACUUCAUGUGAUGGAGGAAGGACGUCGCUAACAGACUCGCAGCCGGUAUGUAAUCACUCUCACCUCACGAUAGUCCCUCGGAUUUCGAAUCCGCUUGCCGCUAUAUUGUUCUUGCCACAAGGAGAUCUAACGCAACCCAGGCUUUGACGCCCGCUUCCCGAACCAGAACCAGACCAAGCACUGCUGGCAGAACUACGUCGACUACCACAAGUGCAUCCUCGCCAAGGGUGAGGACUUUAAGCCUUGCCGCCAGGUAAGCAUCAUUGAAACUACAAAAGAGAGUGGGGCAUGGGAGUUGACACAGGAAAUCAGUUCUUCCUCGCGUACCGCUCGCUGUGCCCGGCUUCUUGGACCGAGAGGUGGGACGACCAGAGAGAAAACGGAACUUUCCCGACGAGACUUGAUCAAUAG